ACUUGCACGGUAACCCGGAAGUUGAGGGUUGUUUUGUUGACAUCAGGACGAGCGACGCUAAAAGAGAAAGGAAAACAGAGCUGUGAUGAAACAGAGCGUUUCCGCGGAGUGAAGCAGCAGAGCGGAGUGUUUUUCCCCGCGGCAGAGGAACGAGCAGGCCGCAUUCGGGGUUGGAGAUCACGAUGCUCGAGAUCUGAGUGCUCCGUCGCUGUGCUGUUUGACCUUCAAGUCAAAAAAAGGGAGAGCAUCGCCAUGGCAACCAAAGCGGGGGACGACCCGGAGACCCUGAUGUCUCUGUGCACCGUGUUCUGCCUGAAGAACCUCAGAAGAACCAUGUGCUACACGGGCGAGAGGAACAAACUGUGCCUGCGACCCGACAUCUUCUUACCCAGCGAGAUCUGCGACAAGCUCGUGAACAUGUACAUGGAGCUGGUGCACACCGACAGCGAGUUCGAGCCUCAGCAGGGUUUCUUUCAGCUCUUCAGCGACUCGCAAAGCACCCGACUGAGCCGAGUGCACCUCCGAGAGGACACGGUACGAGACCGAGACCUUGACGCCAUCGGGAAACAGGAUCUGAUGGAGCUCCACCUGACCUGCUGUAAUCACCUGAGCACUCGCAGCCUUCGCACUCUGCGCAACUUCCGGCACUCGCUGGUGUCCCUCAGCCUCUUCGGCUGCUCCAACAUCUUCUUCCGCAAGUCUUCCUUAGAGGUGGAUGAGGACGAGGAGGAGGAGGAGGAGGAAGAGUUCUGCAACGGCACAGACUUCUCCUUCCAGGGGUUCAGGAGGCUGUGCAUGUUGAACCUCGGCUGUCUGUCGGUGGACGUGGACCCUGAAGCUCUGCUGAAGCCCCUGGACACGCUCCGAGCGCUCGACCUGUCCUCGAUGCACCUGCCCCGCUCAGCCUUCCUGGCUCAAUGGAGGGAGCAGCUGGCCUCGCUCGUGCUCUACAACGUGGACCUGAACGAGGAGCUCAUCUCCACCAUCCUGCACAUGAACCGACUCAGGCACUUAGAUAUCUCACGUGACGGUCCACGUCCGUUCAAGUUCAAACUGACGAGGAAGAUCCUGACCAACAUCGUACAGACUUUAUCGAAUCUCGUCUCGCUGGACGUCUCGGGACACAUCAUGCUGGACAACUGCACCGUGCCGUACAUCGAGGAGGCCAUGGGACCACCCAGCAUCGAGCCCUGUAAGAGCAGCAUCCUCCCGUUCCAGGGGUUAAAGAGGCCUCUGCAGUUUUUGGGUCUCUAUAGCACUACACUGUGUAACGUGACACACAUCCCUGCCUUUAAGGUGACAGGCUCUAAGAAUGAAGAGCAGGUGCUAAAUGCUAUCGAAGCUUAUACUGAACAUCGUCCUGAACUCGCACACAGAGCAAUCAACCAACUGUUCGACUUUGUCCGGAUACAACACUGUAACAACCUGGUCCGAGCAGUGCAGCUGGUGAUAGCAGCCCUUAAGUGUCAUAAGUAUGAUAAGAGUAUCCAGGUGACGGGCAGUGCUGCUCUCUUCUACCUGACCAGUACAGAAUACCGGAAUUAUCAGAGUGUGAAGAUGCGCAGGCAGGUCAUCGAGGUGAUCCUCAACGGCAUGGAGCAGUACCAGGAGGUCACGGUUCAGAGGAACUGCUGCUUGACCUUGUGUAAUUUCAACAUUCCUGACGAGUUGGAGUUCCAGUAUCACCGCAACCUGCUGCUGCUGAAGAUCCUGGAGCCGCCGCGUCAGGACGAGUCCAUCCAGCGCAUCGCCGUGCACCUGUGUAACGCUCUCGUCUGCCAGGUGGACAACGACCACAAAGAGGCCGUCGGCAAGAUGGGCUUCGUCAAGACCAUGCUGAAUUUAAUACAGAAGAAGCUCAAUGACAGACUGUGUGAUCAGGUGAUGGAGUUCUCAUGGAGUGCAUUGUGGAACAUCACAGAUGAAACACCAGAUAACUGCCAGAUGUUUCUCAACUGCAGUGGCAUGAAACUGUUCCUGGAUUGUUUAAAGGAAUUUCCAGAUAAACAGGAGCUGCACCGGAACAUGCUGGGGCUGCUGGGUAACGUGGCUGAGGUGAAGGAGCUCAGACCUCAGCUUCUCACCAGCCAGUUCAUCACCGUCUUUAGUAACCUGUUGGGGAGCAAAGCGGACGGGAUCGAGGUGUCCUACAACGCCUGCGGGGUUCUGUCCCACAUCAUGUUCGACGGUCCAGACGUCUGGACUGUGGAGAACCCGAACCGAGAGAUGGUCAUGGACAAAAUGUGGGACGCCAUCCAGAGCUGGGACGUCACGUCACGCCGCAACAUCAACUACAGGUCAUUUGAGCCAAUUCUCCGUCUCCUUCCUCAGAGUAUAGCACCUGUCAGUCAGCACUGGGCCACAUGGGCCCUUUACAACCUGAUCUCUGUGUACCCGAACAAAUACUGUCCAUUAUUAGUAAAGGAAGGAGGCAUUGCAUUGUUAAAGAAAGUUCUCGAGCUGGAGUCUUCACAUCAGGAGACAAAGACCAUGGCACGCAAAGUGAUGGAGCAGUGUGAGAAUUUUAAGGAGGAUUCGAUGGACACCAGCAGGUAAAUGGAGAAGAGCAGGAGAUUUCCCUCAUCAGCGUCCGGACCACCUUCAGUCACGACCUCGAGACUCAGCUGAAGGACGCAAAGGAAUCGAGCAUCAAGUGCUACCCUGCCCCAUCCUCCUGUUUCUGCUUUCUUGUCUGGUGUGUGUGUGGGUGUGUGUGGGUGUGUGUGGGUGUGUGUGGGUGUGUGUGGGUGUGUGUGGGUGUGUGUGGGUGUGUGUGGGUGUGUGGGUGUGUGUGUGUGUGUGUGUUGGACUCGGAGAGUCAGGACGGACGCUCACCCCCUCUCUAUACACACUCCUGUGACAAAAAGACACUACACACACCCAAGGGAGAUGACUCGCACAGGAGUGUGUGUGUGUGUGUGUGUGUGUGUGUGUGUGUGUGUUUUUCAUAUUUCUGUUGCACACGAUGAACAGUGUUUGUAUCAUCAA